ACAAUCAUCAGUCGCACAGAUCAAGCUGCAUAGGCAUUAAUCAAUAUAAUCAGCCAGUUUUACUUUCUGAAUCAAAGAAAAAUAUUCCCAUCAUGAACUUCAACAAGAUCUUCGUCUUCGUCGCCAUUAUCCUGGCCAUUAGCUUGGGACAGACCGAAGCAGGUUGGCUGAAAAAGCUGGGAAAAAGAAUUGAACGCAUUGGCCAACACACUCGAGAUGCCACCAUCCAGGUCCUUGGAAUUGCUCAGCAAGCCGCUACUGUGGCAGCUACUGCCCGGGGUUGAAAAUCUAUUAUUUUGAUUUUCCUUAUUAAAAAUGUAUUUAUUUAUUUAAGAUUAAAAUGUAGGACAAUAAAUUUUCAAAAAACUA